UAAAGGCUUUAUCUUUUAUAGCUUGUUUAAAUACUGUAUAACAUGUAUAUGAAUUCAUUAUCAUUGUAAUGCAGGGUUUCCCACAGUAAUGCUAUAGAACUUUAUUGGCAUGUUACAAUGAUGAAAUUCUUCAAAAUCAUCACAGAUUAAUCUGGCAUCUCCCAAGGCCACCUCCGUCGCAGCACAAUCACGGGUUACGGUUUAGGGUACCGGUCCAACAUGGGCAAGAACGUCAACGAGGGCAGCGGCUAAAGUUCGUUUUCUUGGCCGUGGAGCCUGGAGGUAUGCAUUGCCGCAACUGUCUUUAUCGAAGCGCCAAAUGCAAGUCACCGGCAUCGGCACAAGGCCGCGUUACAGAGGUCUGCCUGCUUGGUACCCUGGAAAACGCCACAGUCAAAUGCCACGCUGAACCGAGAGGUGCUUAACAAACAGCAAAUGAAAGCGUAAUGAAAAUACUCCGAGCAUCCGGCGUCCAUGGUUGGUGUGGUUUGCGGACCUUUCCUGCGCGUAGUGCACGAUGUUGCGGAACAAAUGCUGAAGAAGGAUAACGGUCUCCUUCGUGAGUGUGUCGGCGGGCCUCGGAGCUGCGUCCGAUACGCAGUAAUUCUGUGAAUGCGCUCCUCUGCACGGAGGCGCAGAAGUCAAGGGCCUCCUUAAUGGAUCGCGGGGAGAAAAAUCAACCAUUCCGAAGUAGCUUCUGCCACGACGGCUCCGUGACCUAUUUGCAUUUAAUUUACUCGGAAUCGAGUCUGGCUCACUUCCCAGUUCUCCGGCAGCUGUUUAUAUCCCGACCAAAUACCGCCAAAUUAAUAUCCCGAAUUGCUGAAACCAAACACAGGCUUGACAUCGGCGAGCGUGCGAGAGCGAAGCAGCACGCGUGUAUUUUUAGCGGCUGUGGGCAGUGGAUGUGGGCUGGCCGUCCAGGGGUAGGACUGAUCCAGGGCAGCUUGAGAGAGGCUUUUCACGCGGGUAAUCCCAUUAGGCCCGUCCCUCGUUGCCUCGGCGCCCUACCUGCCGCCAUCUGUCCCAAUAAAGGAAUCCGCCGCCAUUCAUGCUGUUGGACUACUGCUGCAGGUGCUGCGGGACCAGUCUCAUCAAGCGGCACGGGCCGUUGUCCGUCCAGGCCAAGACCGGGGACACCUGGGUUGUUCUGCAGAACUUGCUGAUAUGCCUGGUGUCCUUCUACUCCGUCUACUACAUCGUCGUCAGCCUCUGCAUCGGUGUCCUCAGAGUGGAGGACAUCGAUACCCGCUUGGCCCCCUUCGACUAUACAAUUCAGCCAUCGUGGCAAAACCCCAAAUAUUUAGUGAGUGUGAUUUCCACGGAGCUAACGUAUGUCCUCGCUGGCCUCCUGUUCGCGUGGAUCGUGGAAGAGUGGGUAUGGGACUACGCCAUCACGGUCACAUUCAUACACAUCGGCUUGACCGUAGCAGUGAUGUCCGACUUUCCGUCUACAGAACACUGGUGGAGCGCAAUAGGUUCUGGACUGCUCAUGAUGAUUUUUGGCGGCCAGCUUUUGGCAUACAGGCUCUUCAGGAAUAAUUUUGUACAUCCAACUGAUCUUCAAAACUUCUGAGAAGAAGCAUGUGUUUCAAAAAGUAUCUUGUGUAUUUAUUGUUAUGUACAGCUGGCCAUAUUUUUACUAUAUUUUUUACAUAUUAUUCAAAUGUACAUUACAAAGCAGUUACAGCAUGUCUUGAUUUUCGGUGUAGCCACCGUUGUUUUCGCUUGCAGAGAUUAUUCAAAGCUUGGUGAAUGUUGAGAUUUUACGCUGUAAUAUACAGUUGAUUAUGAGACAGACACUUCAGAGCACAAACACUAUUGUGAUAAUUUUUAUGUAGCUAUUAAAUAUCCC